AUGAAAAUCAAUGGCAGCUCCAGAGAACACUUCAUCUUGGUGGGCUUUUCAGAAUAUCCCAAGGCUGAGUUCAUCCUUUCUUUGUUUGCUUCUAGCUUCUACACCAUGACACUCACAGGCAAUGCAGCCAUCAUUUUGGUCUCCCUCUUGGACAGCAGACUCCACACCCCAAUGUACUUUUUCCUCCGGAACCUCUCCUUUCUGGACAUGUGUUUCACUACCUGUGUUGUCCCUCAGAUGCUGGCAAACAUGUGGGGAAGUAGUAAGAUCAGCUACAUAGGCUGCAUGGUCCAGUUUUCUGUGACCUUGGCUUUUGGGUCCACAGAGUGUGUGCUCCUUGCUGUCAUGGCUAUUGACCGUUAUGUUGCUAUCUGCUGGCCCCUCCGCUACACUAUGAUUAUGCACCGACAAGCCUGUUACAUCUUUGCUGCCAUUUCCUGGACUUGGGGGUUUUCCAACUCUCUCGUUCAGUCUUCUCUGGCCAUGGCUUUACCACUAUGUGGUCACCGGAGGGUAGACCAUUUUUUCUGCGAGAUUUUGAUUAUCGUCAAGCUGUCUUGUGUGGACACUCAUCCAACUGAGUCAAAGAUGCUAGUUGUUCGCCUCAUCAUCGUAAUCAUCCCAGUCUCCAUCAUCCUCACCUCAUAUGCUUGCAUCACCAGGGCUGUGGUGGGGAUGAAGUCUGCUGAAGGAAGGAAGAAGGCCUUUGGGACUUGUGCAUCCCAUCUGGUCGUGGUUUCACUGUUCUAUGGAACUGUCAUGUUCAUGUAUCUUCAGCCAAAGAAUAAAUACUCUCAGCACCAGGGGAAGGCCCUGGCCCUUGUUUAUACCAUUGUGGCUCCCACCAUGAACCCAGUGAUCUACACACUGAGGAACAAGCACGUCAAGAGGGCAAUUAAGAAAGUGGUUUGGAAGGAUUCCCUUUAG